UCGGCAACAAAGCCAACAAGCACAAGCCCUGGAUUGAGGCUGAAUAUCAGGGCAUCGUAAUGGAGAAUGACAACACAGUUCUGCUAAACCCUCCGCUCUUUGCUCUGGACAAGGAUGCUCCCUUGCACUAUGCAGGUGAAAUAUGUGGAUUCCGGAUCCAUGGGGCCGGGGUGCCUUUUGAAGCUGUGAUCCUGGACAAGGCCACGGGGGAGGGACUGAUCCGGGCCAAAGAGCCAGUGGACUGUGAAGCUCACAAGGAGCACACUUUCACCAUCCAGGCCUAUGACUGUGGUGAAGGACCGGAUGGUGCCAACACCAAGAAAUCCCACAAGGCCACGGUGCACGUGCGGGUGAAUGACGUCAACGAGUUUGCUCCAGUCUUUGUGGAUAAGCUUUACCAUGUGGCGGUGACAGAAGGGAAGCUCUAUGAUCGCAUCCUGCGCGUGGAAGCCAUUGAUGGGGAUUGCUCGCCUCAGUACAGCCAGAUCUGCUACUAUGAGAUCCUGACUCCCAAUGUCCCCUUCCUGAUUGACAAUGACGGAAAUAUUGAGAACACAGAGAAACUGCAAUACAGUGGUGAACGCCUCUAUAGGUUCACAGUGACGGCCUAUGAUUGUGGCAAGAAACGGGCCUCUGAUGACGCUGAGGUAGAGAUUCAGGUGAAGCCUACCUGUAAACCCAGCUGGCAAGGUUGGAAUAAGAGGAUAGAGUACACUCCAGGUACGGGCAGCCUUGCUCUUUUCCCCAGCAUCCACCUGGAGACAUGUGAUGAGCCCCUGUGGAACAUCCAAGCCACUGUGGAACUGCAGACAAACCACGUAGCCAAAGGUUGUGAUCGUGACAAUUACUCUGAGAAGUCACUGCGUAAACUCUGUGGUGCUGCCACAGGUGAAGUAGACCUGCUGCCUGUCCCUAGUCCCAUGGCCAACUGGACGGCACGACUCUCGGUCCAUUACAGCCAGGACAGCAGUCUUAUCUACUGGUUCAAUGGCAGCCAGGCGACCCAGGUGCCUAUGGGCAGUGGGACUGGGGCCCUCGAAGGAAUGAGCGACCAUUUUACCUUGUCUCUGUGGAUGAAACAUAGUGUGACACCAAGCAAGGGCAAGAGGGAGGAGGAGACCGUGAUCUGCAGCACCAUGCAGAGUGAGGACGGGUUCUCCCAUUAUUCCCUCGCUGUGCAUGGCUGCCGCAUAGCUUUCCUGUACUGGCCGCUGCUGGAGAGUGCAAGACCUGUCAAGUUCCUCUGGAAACUGGAGCAGGUGUGUGAUGAUGAGUGGCACCAUUAUGCCCUCAACUUGGAGUUCCCCACUGUCACCCUUUACGUAGACGGCGUCUCCUAUGACCCUGCACUGAUCCAUGACAAUGGCCUCAUCCACCCCCCACGGCGUGAAUCUUCCCUCAUGAUUGGAGCCUGCUGGGCUGAGGAGAGAAACAAAGAAAAAAUAAAAGUGAACGAGAACUCCACAGAUCUGGGGCAAGGAGACCCUCUGCCGAUUCACCACUACUUCCACGGUUACCUGGCUGGCUUCACUGCGCGCCCCGGCGGCCUUGAGAGCCGGGAGGUGAUAGAGUGUCUCUAUGCCUGCCGCGAGGGGCUGGACUACAGCGACUUUGACAGCCUUGGCAAAGGGAUGAAGGUACACGUGAAUCCCUCUCAGUCUCUUCUCACAUUGGAGGGCGACGAUGUCGAAACCUUCAACCAUGCAAUCCAGCACGUCGCCUACAUGAAUUCCCUGCGCUUUGCUACUCCCGGUGUCCGACCCCUCAAGCUUACCACUACUGUCAAAUGCUUCAGUGAGGAAUCCUGUGUCUCCAUCCCAGAUGUGGAAGGUUAUGUGGUCGUGCUUCAGCCCGAUGCACCUCAAAUCUCUCUGAGUGGCAGUUCUCACUUUGCCCGGCCUGCCUCUGACUUCGAAGGCCCUGAGGGAGUCCCUCUCUUUCCCGAUCUCCAGAUUUCUUGCUCCAUUUCACAUCAAGUGGAGGCCAAGAAAGAUGAGAGCUGGCACGGCACAGUGGCAGAUACACGGAUGUCAGAUGAGAUUGUUCACAAUCUGGAUGGUUGCGAGAUCUCCCUGGUUGGAGAGGAACUGGAUCCUGAGAGAGAAUAUCUGCUCUUGGAUGGAGCCUCUCUGCAGCAGCGAGGCCUGGAGCUCAUCAACACCUCUGCCUAUCUCACUGUCACAGGCGUGGAGAGUAUUGCCGUGUAUGAAGAGAUCCUUCGCCAGGUCUCAUAUUGCAUCCGUCGUGGUGCUGCCCUUUAUGAGAGGAAGUUCCGUCUGUCUUGCACCGAGAUGAAUGGGCGCUACUCCAGCAAUGAGUUUACUGUCGAGGUGAACGUGCUUCAUAACAUGAACCGUGCCGCUCACCCCAACCACGUUAUGAGUGCCCAGCAGUUCAUGCAUCGAGGCCACCAUCUGCCACCAGAACUCUCUGGCCACAGCCUGGCUAAUGUGCACCGUAACUCCAUGGUCCCCAGCGCUGCCACCAUCAUUAUUGUGGUGUGCGUGGGCUUCCUGGCCCUGAUGGUGAUCCUGGGCGUCCUGCGCAUCCACUCCUUGCACAGGCGAGGGGGUGAGCGCGAGUGCCCAGGGGAAUCCGCCGAGGGCCAAGGGAGUGCCCAGGCCAAGGAGAAUGAGAUGUUCUGGGAUGACUCUGCCCUCACCAUCAUCGUCAACCCCAUGGAGUCAUACCAGAGCUGCCAGGAGAGAGCAGCGGAGAGUGCGGAGUCCAAAGCCAGAGAGGCAGCUGAAGAGGAGGAGGAGGAAGAGGAAGACAGCAGAGACUCUGAGUCACCAGGCAGCCCGGGCAGCGAUGCAGCUGAUGACCAGCGCAUUGUGGGCAAGCACGAUGCCCCCUGCCACUACUAGAGCCACGUGGAGGGAGCAGGGGGAGGGGGACACCAACCGGAGGGAGGUCCUGCGUGUGUCUCGUAUGUGGGGGGGGGGGUGGCACAGCCUGCCCCCGCGUUUCUUCUUUCCUUUCUCCUCCCCCCGUUUCCCUCCUGCUUUCUCCAGACCUCGUUUGCACAGAGAUGGGCCUGAGACGCGGCACUUUGGGGCGUGGGGCAGAAAACCUAAUCGGGGCCUUCCCCUUCCACUCAUUUAACACAGGGUGCCAUCUGACGGGAAGUCCUCUAGCGCAAGCCUCUUCGAAACCAUCAGGAGCUGCGCAUGAGGGUGGCAGUGCGAUAGAUCCGCCCUGCGGCUCAGAUUGGUCUGCCCACAAUUCUGCCUCUUGAGGUGUUCUGCUUCACCUUGCCUCAUAGCGGGGCUCACUUCUGGCCCCCGUCUUUCUGUAGCGUUGCCCAGGGGAGGAGCCCCUCUCUUUCCCCAGAUUCCUGGCUCCUCCUAACUCUCCAGCUGCUUGCUUGAACUCAAGUGGGGCUGGGCCCUCUCUCUUUGAUCUCCAGCCUACGUUCCCCACCCUGACAAAGAAGGGGAGGCUGGACUGGCAUGCUGUGCAGCAGAAAUACAGAGAAGUGAGAGGGGACCUUGGGGGGGAUGACAAAUGGGGUGCAACAGAGGCCCCAAGAUACUAUAUAUAUAUAUAUUGUAUAUUUUUUCAAUGUUGUUGUUUGAGGUUUCUUCUUGUUUUCUUGUUUGAUGCAAAGAAACAAAAAGCCUGCAGCUUGUGUCGCUUUGUAAAAUUGUCAAUAAUAUUCAAACAAGUGAUGUGGAGAAGGGAAUGGAUCAGCUUUUAAAAUAAAU